AAGAUUACAUUUUGGCUUUACCUAAUUAUGCUCAGAACAGAUUAUUCCGUUGGUAGUUGGCAGUAGCACAAAGUAGAAAUCUGUUUUCUUUAUUUCCUUUGUACGAUUUUUUUUUAAUUAUAAUAAAAUUAAUAGAUAUAAGAUAUCGAAUCUUUGCGGUCCCACUACUUCAAACAACGUCGUUGAAAAUUCCACAUUGUAAAAAACUACUUAGUCGCUUACAAAGUAGUACUUUUACGAUAAAAUGUACUGUUAUGAAGAUUGGCGAACAGGGAACGGGUAUUAUAUCAAUUUGUAGUACUUCAGUGUUUUAUUUUGGCUGUUGAUAAUUUUUAUUGCGAAUACAAAGUGAUCUAACAUAACAAGUUAUAUAAGGUCACGUUCGCCGUAAAUUUUACCAGUAAAUUUUAGAAGUUGAGACAUGUUUGACGUAUGUCACUGUCUUCAUAUGUCAGAUGUAUUUUUAAAUUUAUUUCCAUACCAAAAAUAAAUUGUAAAUAAAACAUUAAAACACUGAUUUUGAGUCGCUGAGGUAUUUUUUUUAAAAGUAUAAUUGAGUCUACUUGCAAAUAAAAUGGUUUUUACUCCGGUAACGCACGUACUUUUUGAUAUGGAUGGACUUAUACUUGACACUGAGAAGCUAUACACAGUAGCAUUUCAAAAUAUAGUCUCUCGCUAUGGAAAAGAAUUUACGUUUGAAAUGAAAUUAAAACUAAUGGGGACUCAGGCACACGAGGCCGCCCAAAUGUUAAUAACGGCUCUUGAUCUACCGAUGACUGUUGACGAAUUUAUAACUGAAACCAAGGAGCAGUUCCAAAUUUUGUUUCCCGAUACAGGAUUAAUGCCAGGUGCUAAGAGACUGAUAGAACAUUUCCAUAAACAAAACAUUCCAAUUGGCCUAGCAACAAGCUCCAGCGAGGAAGGUUACCAUUUAAAAGUUGAUAAACAUCACACUGACCUCUUCUCAUUGUUCCCACACAAAACAUUUGGGUCAUCAGAUCCAGAAGUGAAAAGAGGAAAACCAUAUCCUGAUAUAUUUUUAGUUGCUGCAGCAAAAUUCCUUGAUUCGCCAAAACCUGAACAGUGUCUAGUGUUUGAAGAUGCGAUCAAUGGUGUGAAAGCAGCAAGGGCUGCAGGAAUGCAGGUUGUAAUGGUACCAGAUCCUCGGAUGGACAGAAGUCUAACAAAGGAAGCGACUUUAGUGAUAGACAGCUUAGAAAAUUUUCAACCACAGCUAUUUGGUUUACCACCAUUUGAGUAAAUCAUUGUGCCUCUACUAAUUAUACGGAAGACUUGUAUACGAUAGGUUUUCAAAAGAUCGCGUCUAGAUAUGGCAAAGAGUUUACAUUUGAUUUGAAGUGUAGGAUAAUGG